AUGACCCCCGCUGAGCCUACCACGUUCACGGUCCUAGUUGAUGAUACGUACAAACCUGAGGGACUCGACCUUAAGGAGAACCAGAGGAAGUACAUCUUGAGAGGGAUCUCCCCCUCGUGCCACGUUUCUCGUCCCACCCCACUAGGAUCCAUACACGACCAAAUAAGUUCACAUCUUCGUCGGGCUCCGUCACCACUAUCGUUUCUGGCCAGACGAAAACCACCAUAUCUGCGGAUAGAGCGCUGAAGGCGCGGAAGGGCGAAGCUCAUUCAUUGUUGGACCUAAACGAUGCUGAUGCUGAGUGUGGGGAGAGGGCGAAGGGCGAGGAGACGAAGGAGAGGGUGUCGGGGGUGUUGAUGAUAUUGUUGGAAAAAGGGGUCCAGACGAAGGAUUCGAGCCUUAUUCAAGUGCUCAAACUAUUCUUCGCCGAUGAUAUCGUAGUUAAAUUACAUUCAAGAGUGCGAACCGUGCUUUGCAAUGACAAAGCUCAGGACGUGACUGGACAAUCGAAGUCGAUCGUGGUUUGUGUAGGUUUGUUUCUUAUAAUCUAUAUCUUAUCUAUUCUUGUGUACGCGGAGCUCAAUGAUAACUUCUUGUGUACGCGGAGCUC